AUGAGCUUCUCACUCACAUUCUCCGAGCUGGUCAACAUCGCCAUCCCACAGUGUGGUGUGGUGAACUUCAAGGCCAUGCACCUUCUGCUCCAUGGCAUCCUGGAGCACAUCCAAAUGGCUGAGCUCAAGAAGGUCCUCUCGGGAGAUGAGGACUUCCUCCAGUCCUCACAGGCUGUGUUCAUGCCCCGGGAAGGAGAUGCUCAGCCCAUCCUCAACCCCAUGAAGAGGCUGAGCAACGUCUUUGACCACAUGGUGAGCCGCAUGGACAAGAUGGAGAGCCAGCUGGCCACGCUGCAGGAAAUGCCCUCUACGGCUGAGCUAGUGGAAGCCAGCCAGGGGGCCUGCCGGCCAGCCCAGGAACUAUGGCAGCUGAUAAAGCUCCGGAAGUUGGUGGAAGGCAAUGAAGAAGCCACCGAAAAGUCCAUGAAGACCCUGCAGGAUUUGCUCACUGACAUUCACGCACUCAAGGCCACCACUGAAACCCUGCGGAAGGACGUGGACACGCUGAUGGACACGGUUAAUAAGAUACACCUGGAAAGAGUAACCACUUUUUUUGAUGAUUUGAAAGUGCAGAAUCGGAAGAUGAAUGCGCUGCAGCGGGACGUGGCUACUCUCCAGAACAAGAUUCUCACCAUCCCCAAAACUGAGGAGUUGGUACUCUGGAGUGGCCUCCACGAGGCUAUGUUCACUACUUCACUACAGCUGACGGAUUCUGAUCUGUGGCAGAUUACAGAUCAGCUCCAAGAGACUGACCUUCCCCAGACCACCACGUACCUUGAAAGUGUUGGUCCGAGCCAGGUCUCAGAGGCUGUCCAACUCCCCAAGCUCCUGGACACCGCUUGGCAUUACCAGGUCCCAGAGCAACUACAGGAGGAGGAGUCUGCCCAGGCAGUUUCACUCACUGGGGCCCAGGGGUUGGGGCAGCCUCAGCACAUUGGCUUCCAUUCAUGUCAAGGGCUGCCCGCGGACCUGGGCCUGCCCCUGGGCUUGAGCCUGCGUUCGGACCUGGGCCUGCCCCUGGACCUGGGCCUGCCCCUGGGCUUGAGCCUGCGUUCGGACCUGGGCCUGCCCCUGGACCUGGGCCUGCCCCUGGGCUUGAGCCUGCGUUCGGACCUGGGCCUGCCCCAAGCCCUCAGUUCGCACCACCGGGAUUCUGGCCUUUCAUGCCAGUCUCACCAUGCAGGGCUGCACGAGUUCCCAUUUGUCUCAGAAAGUAGGGAAGAAGAUCACUUACAUCACAAGAAAAUCCCUCAGGAUGAAGCCCGCAGAGCUGAGGCCCCUAAGGAAAUGCCUCCUAAGGACCCCCGUUCUGCCCUUCAGCAGAUGAAAACCACGGCUGCCGUUGCAGCUGCUGCCGCCGCCACCUAUGCAGCUGCUGCAACCUCAGCAGCCCGGGCAGCCAGGGUCGCUGCCAAGGUCGUCAAGGAUGCCCCCGCCACCAAACUGGCCACGGUAGCAACAACGGUGGCUGCAUCUGGGCCCCUAGGGGUCUUCGCAGAUGUCGUGGGCGCUGGGUCUUCCCGUGGGGCCACAGGCACCGUGGCCUUCCCUAAAGACACUGAGAUGGAAGACUUGCACGAGGCGGACUACGACGACCUCUUGUCUUCUCCGUAUGCUUCUGUCUUCAUCACACCCGAUGCUACCCUCUCCCAGUCCAUGGUAGUGGCCAAACAAGCUAUGACCCCUGAAGACAAGAAGAGGGCCGUCAAGUAUUCCAUGAGCCACAUAGCCCAGAUACCUGUUCGACAUGACUCCCUGAAAGAAGAGUUUAUCCAGCUGUCAACCAACAUGGAACAGCGCAUAGGUUACCUAGCUAGUAUGGGAGCCUCUACCAAGAUUGAGACAACAGUGGACAUACUGCAAGAAAAGGUUAGCAGUCUCCAGAAGUCCAGGAUGCAGGAAGAGGAACUCGAGAGAAUUUGGGGCCACCAAAUAGCAGUGGUAAAGGAUCACUACGUCGUGCUGGACAGGGCAGUGGAACAAAUCCAUGCUCGCCUGGAUGAGUUAAAGAUUCUCCAAGCUCAAAUAAAAGACCUAGAAAUGCACAAGGCAGACAAAAAUUCGAUGGAGCAGGAGUUGAAAGAGAAAGCCGACAGGAGCACCCUGGCGGGCAAGGCAAGCAGGGUUGACCUGGAGGCGAUGACAAUGGAGAUGAACGAGAUGAUUCAGAGCAUGCUAUUCAGGGUCGUGUCCAAUGAGGAUGACUGGAAGAAGGCCAUGGAGCAGCUCAGCAAGGACCUGGGCACCAAACUGGUCCACGGGGAUUUGGAUGAUCUAAAGAAAGACAUAAAUGAGGUCGAGCAAUUAGUCAAGAAGCUGCUAAUCGAAGGCCUCCGAUUUGAUCCAGACAGCGCUGCUGGCUUUAGGAAGAAACUGUUUGAGCGGGUGAAAUGCAUUUCCUGCGACCGGCCCGUAGAGAUGAUGACUGGCCCACACCUCAUCACCAUCCGCAAAGCCCACCUGCUGUCUCGGCUUCGUCCAGCUAGUGCCAACAGCUACGAGUACCUCCAGCGACAACAGAUGAGGGAACAGCAGCAGCUACAGCAGCUUCAGGACCUUGGAGACAAGGAGGACUGGAGCGAUGGCCCUGGGAAUGACACCAACCGCAAGUUCAAGUCAUAUAACUUGUCAACACUCUACCCCUACGGGGACCCUGAGGUGUUGGACUAUGAUACUGCCGAGGUGGACAUCCUGGGAGUGGACGGGAUCCUGUACAAGGGCAGAAUGAACACCCAGGACGAGGCACGGCCACUGACCAGUGUGAAGGAGCCAGCUGCUGUGAAGGUUCCGCAUCCCCCGACUCGAAACCUGUAUGAGCGCUUUGGUGCCACCUACCCCUCCCUGCACCCCCGCACCAGCAUCCGCUCAGCCGCUUCCAGCCCCCACCCAGUGAUGCCAGCUCGGCCUCCGUCUACGCCUCCGCUGCCCCUGCUGCCACCGCUGAUGCCGUCCCUGCAGGACCCCUCGCAGGCCCUGGGGUCCACCAGGCACCCAAGGUCUCAGCGCCUCGAAUCCCGAGCCAGCACACGGCCCACCUAGGAGCCCGA